AUGGACAUGCCCUUCUUCGUCGCCUUCUCCGCCAUCCUCCUCGUCGGCAAGUACCUCCCCUUGGUGCUCCCCUUGAACCUGCGCCCGGCCCUCCUCGCCGACAACGCCGCGAGGCCGCCAGCGCGCGCCGCGAAGUGCGCCAUCUCGGUGGCCGUCAGCUGGCUCGCGCUGCUGGUGUCCAUGCAGCAGCAGGGCUCCGGCGCCGCCGCCGCCGGCGGCCGCGGCCCGGCGGCGGGAGUGUCAAUGAUGAUGGAAGCGAGGGCGCUGUGGUACAACUCCGCCGCGCUGUUCCUCGGCACGCUGCUCGGCGUCGUCGCGGUGGCACUGCACCCGCCGGCGCCGUUCGUCCAGCAGGUGGCCGUCGAUCACCUCACCGUCGUCACGGAGAUCGUCGCCAUCAACGCGUUCGCGGUCAACCUCUGCGUCUUCUUCAAGAUCUUCAAGGUGUAG